AUGAAGGCCUCCCUGAUCAUUCUCGGCGGUGCCACGACCGCAAUGGCUGUGACCUUCCAGCAGGUCGUCAUGGACGCUCACAACAUCGCACGCGCCCUGCACGGCUCUCCCGCUCUCAAGUGGAGCGCCUCGCUGGCUAGCAUCGCCCAGGACCACACCAACUCCUGCGAGUUCAAGCACAAGGUUGAGGGCACCUACGGUCAGAACCUUGGCUGGGUCGGCUGGUCGGGCAGCGCCCCGGACGUGGUGGGCCAGAUGGGCGACAUGAUCGGCAAGAGCUGGUACGCCGGCGAGAUUGGCAGCUUCAAGAACGAGUACGGCAAGGCGACGCCAAACAUGGCCAACUUCGGCUCGUUCGGCCACUUCACCCAGGUUGUGUGGAAGGGCACGACCGAGGUUGGCUGCGCUUACAAGACGUGCGACAAUGGCAAGGCUUACUUCUUCGAGUGCAACUACAAGGCGCCAGGCAACUACGAGGGCCAGUUCGCCAACAACGUCCCCAGGCCCAAAUAA